GUCCAAGAUUCUUCCACUUUGGAUUUUCGACCACAGCCCAACCUCACGCAAAACAACACUCAGGACGCCUGAAGAUCCCCGCCACCGUGCGGUUCCACGAUGUAUGUCUCGCCAGCCUCGUAUGCUGAAGCCUUUGAGGCUCUCAGAGCUGCAGCACUCUCACACACCUCCUGUCGCGUUGUGCUCUUCGUUGCCUGUCUCGACGUCGACGCGCUCUGCGGUGCUCGAAUUCUCUCCGGAAUCUUCAAGCGCGACCUCAUCCCACACCGCACCUGUCCCGUCGCCGGCUACUCUGAACUGAAGAAGAGGUACGCGGAACUCGAAGAUAGCGUUACCUCAGUCAUCCUUAUUGGUUGUGGCGCUCUCGUCGAUCUGAACGACUACCUCCUUGAUGCAGAUUUGGAAGCUGCCGGUGACGACGAUGACGCGGCAGAGAUCUCUAAUCGGCGGAUACGGCGCAAGCUUUACAUCUUUGAUAGCCAUCGACCAUGGAAUUUGCAAAACAUGUUUGGCUCCGAGGAGGUCGUAUGCUUCGACGACGGUGACGUGGACGAUGGCUUGUUGAACAAAGAACGCGACGCCUUUGAAGCUCUGCUGCGAAUCGAAGACGACGACGAGGCGGAUGAAGCGGAUGAGGACAAAGAAGAGGAUGAUAGUGAUGGUGAAGAUGAUCCAAAUGACGAGCAACACGACGAUAGUGACGAAGAAGAGAAUGAUAGCGACCUCGAAAGCAAUGCAGACUCUCUACCCAGCAAAAUUCACAACGUGGACCUCGAUGUACGGCACAAGAGGAAGAUCUUCAGCAAAUCGGAAAGUGAUGACGACGGCGAUGACUCUGCCAGCGAAGACAGAGAUUCAGGAGUAGACCGAGAAUAUAUCUCGUCAUCGAACGACCUCUCCGAUUCUCCUGUUUCUCACCGAACAACCCCUAGCAAACGAAAAUCCCCCUCGUCUAGGUCACCGUCACCAGCUCCACAGCGCCAGAAGUCAUUCUCGGAAGCUCGCAGGACAUACGAAGAAGUCAUAGGAGAUUAUUAUGGUCGCGGAACCUCGAACUCGACCCCUGUUGCUUCGCAAAUAUACACGCUACUUUCGUUUCUUGGUCUGGCAUCGAAUCCUGAUCUAUGGCUAUCCGUCGUCGGGACCACAGCUGUCGAAUACGCGUCACCACAGCUUUACAGGCGAUUUUUCCCAUUACUACGCGACGAAGUGCUACGUUUGAAUUCUCAAGUCAAUAUAUCCAGGCUUUCAGCUGACGAUUCAGCACUUGUUGUCCAGCCAGAUUAUAGACUUUUCCUACUCAGGCAUUGGUCUCUAUACGAAUCUGUCGUUCAUUCUCCUUACGUCGCUUCACGCCUUCAUCUAUGGAAUGAUGCAGGCCGCAAGAAACUUCAUAAGAUGCUGGCGAAAAUGGGCAUAUCUCUUCAAGUGGCAAAGGAGAAGUGGACACACACCGACGUGGCACUGAAGCGAGCACUAAAGGAUAAGCUCUCUUCCGUGGCUGAUGUAAACGGUAUCGGUAACGUUGUUCGGACGGGAGUGGUACGAAAGUUCGGCUUCAGAGGGAUGGUAAGCGCUGGUGAUGCUGUCGAAGGAGUCGCUGCCCUGAUGGAAUGCGGCAAAGGCGCUACCAUCAACGACAAAGAGAGCGUUUACCAAAGCUCAUCAGCGGAAGAAAACAUUGAGGAGGUAGAUGGUGAGUUCAAAGAGGUCUGGAUCGGUAACUUCUGGACAGCCUGGGACGCGUUGGACAACAUCGAACUACUCCUUCACGGACUGCAAAGAGCACAAAUAUUGCAACAGGCAGUGGUUAGAACAGCUACAGCUCUUUUAGAGAAAGACCAAGUCCACGAUCUUCGAUCAUUCCGCUUAAUUAUUCUCAAAGACGGCCCUGAUCUCGAGCUUUUCAACAACCCACUUACACUGGUCCGGUUGGCGUAUUGGGUGAACGAAUGCAAGUCAGAGCAAACCGACCGACAUAGUCCAAUGGUGAUGGCGGUUCUUGAUCAGAAGCGUGAUACGUACACUGUUGUUGGUCUGCCUGCGAGGGUAGCCGAGAAGACCAACAACGAAGAUGAAGGAGAUUUACCGGAAGAGGAGGCAGCAUCUUCCAACUCGUUUGGUAUCGCGUUCCAAGAGAUGGCAAACCUUACUCAUGCCAGAGUGAAGAUUGAUAGUUUCGAAAGCUCAGUCGUGGAAGUUCGCAAGGACGAUCUCACGGGUUUUUUGGAGGGUAUGUCGUCUGUCGGGAUCAAGUAGAAGCCGAGCAUCCGACUGUCUAUGUGUUUUAAAUCCUUUGAGGGAGAAAGGGGAUGAUUUCUAAUCAUCAUGCAUAUUUGUAAAGUAGAUUGGGAGGUAGUCGGAAAGGUUGUGCUAUUUUUCAGCGGAGUUGUUUAUCGAACAUCCUACGAAGACGUGCUGGCUCGUUGAUGUAUUUGCAUGUUCCGUGUAGAGUUAUGAACAAAGCGCGGUCGAGUCAAUAAUUGUAUUUGUAUUUUAGGUAUUAAUGGAUCAUUUUAUGCUGUA